GCUUUCAUUCAACAUCUUAGCUAUGGCUCAUAAAGACUUGCAGCCAACCUCUGCUACUUCUUGCCUUGAAGAGAAUCACUCAAUCAGUACCCUACUGUGUAGAGCGCCCCUUCGACGUCUUUCACAACAUGAACGCGAAUCUUUAUGGGAGUACCGUGAGAAGCUGCGUCUGCUGCCCGAGAUAAUGCCAAUUUUUUCGCUUGCUAUUCCACGCCAAAAUCGUGAUGCAUUUGCCGAGGCACGCGUGUUUGCAGCCUGUCAUUGGUGGCAAUAUAGAAACAUACAAGAGGCCCGGUGCUGUCGGCGCUGGGGUAUACUGUCCGCACAAACACGCGUUGCACUCGCGUGUCUCAGUGCGCAACAUGCCGACUGCUUUACCCGCGCCUUUGCCUGUCAACUUCUUGACGAGCUCGCAGACAAGUCGCUAUUCGAAAUUUUCCUGCAGCUCACACAGGCGCUCAAAUUAGAAGCUCAACAUGACUCAGCUCUGGCCCGCCUUCUGAUUCGCCGCGCUGCUUGCAGCCCUCUUUCUCUCGGUCACCGCCUGUUUUGGCUUCUCCGUGCAGAGAUGCACUUGCCAGGAUUUUCUGAGCGCUAUGGUGUUGUGCUUCACGCAUUUCUUUCAUCUGCGCGUCAGCAUUGCGCCCAGCGAUGGUUGACCGCCGCCAAUCAUGCCCUCAAAGAUUUUGAAACCGAACGCCACCAGCGGCUGGCAAAGCGUCUUGGUGUCAAUGCGGGCACCUCUGUACACAAUGCUUGGAAAGCUAUUCACGGGUACAGCACGUGUCUGAACCCAGCGUUACGCUGUGGUAGGAUUCGUGUGGAGCAAUGUAAAGUGCUCACUUCGAAGAAGUUGCCUCUCUAUGUGGUCCUUCAAAAUUGCGACUGGCGUGGCGAUGACUUUCACCUCAUUUUCAAAGAUGGUGAUGAUCUCCGUCAGGAUCAGCUCACGUUGCAACUUCUCCGCCUCAUGGAUGGUCUCUGGCGCAAUGCAGGGCUUGACCUUCAGAUGUUGCCGUAUGUGUGUGUCGCUACGGGCCAUAAUACUGGAAUGAUCGAAGUUGUGCCCAGCGCGACGACUACCGCUGACAUCCAGGUCGAAUAUGGUGGCGGCGCUAAGGGUGCCUUCAAUGACCAGGUUGUUUCCUCAUUUCUUCUGCAGCAUAACCGAGAUGCAACGCAGUAUGAACGUGCACAGCAGAGCUUUCUUAAGACUUGCGCAGGUUACUGCGUUGCGACCCAUGUUCUUGGUAUUGGUGACCGCCACGCCGAUAACAUCAUGGUUACAAAACGUGGUAGACUUUUCCACAUAGACUUCGGCCAUUUUCUUGGAAAUUUCAAAUUCAAAUACGGCGUGCGGCGUGAGCGGUCCCCGUUUGUCUUUACACCCGAAAUGAAACGUGUUAUUGUCCACACCCCCGGAAGGAUUACAGAGCAAAUCAGACUUCUUCAUGAUAUCCGAUUAAGUCGUGGUGAUGUCCUCCGUGUGAAAGGUACUGUUAUCGUUACACUUUUUACUCUAAUGCUUCCAGCUGCUAUGCCAGAGCUACUUGACUCUGAAGAUAUCGAUUAUUGCCUUGGACAACUCGCACUUGGUCUCUCCCCCCGGGAGGCCGCUGAGUCGUUUAGCAGGGACAUCAAGCUUGCCCAAGCUGCCAUCUCCAGGCGGCUUGACAACUACAUCCAUAACUGGAAGCACACCCGCGCAGAACCAUCGUAAUAAAUUCUUCCAAGUUGC